AUUUCCCUCCUGUUUUAGGCACACGUCUUUCUCUCUCUCCCUCUCUCUCUCUCUCUCACUAAAAUCUUUGUCUAUAUUACUCUGCUCUGCUUCACACACACAAAAAAAAUAAAAAUAAAAAUACUCACAGACCCAUCAGUCUUUUCAUUGCAUUUUCCAUAAACAAAUCUUGACCCAUUUCCUACAAUCACUUGAUGUAUCUACCUCUUCAUUAAGGUUCUAUAGCUCUGUACCAUUAAGCUUCUAGGAAGAAUUGCACAAAUCUCAAAUAUUUUUGUGUGAGAUUUGCUGCCUUUUCUGAAGAUCCUUGAUUAGAAUUUGAUAGCUGUGUAGUACGUAAUACCUAGUAUAUAAUGGCUUCAUCAGAUCUUGACUAUCCCUGGCCAUCCUCAACUGGUGAAUCCUUCUGUGGAUCUUUUAAUAUACACCUAGAAGAAGAUAAUCCAGCCGAUAUUUUACCUGUGCUGGAAGUUCCCUCCUCUUCUGUAUCCUCUAAAUGUAAUAUUCCAACACCACCUUCUCUCCCUAGUAAAUCCUGUAUUAGAAUCAAAUAUUCCAAUAGGCUUUCAGAGUGUAGCUCUGUCCCCAAGGAAACAAAAGAUACAUGGGACAAGCUUUUCAAGGAAGGAUAUGGUUCAGAUGUCUAUAUUAUUACAGAGGACAAAUCAUAUAUUCUGGCUCAUUCCAGUAUUCUGAGUGUUGCAUCUCCUGUGCUAGGGAAUAUUCUACAGCAAUCAAAAGUUAAGAAUGGUAUGAGAUACAUCAAGAUUCCCGGGGUGCCUUAUCAAGCUGCCUAUGCUUUUAUCCGUUUUAUUUACUCGUCCUGCUAUGAAGAGGAUGAAAUGAAGCAGUUUGUUCUCCAUUUGUUGGUUUUAUCACACUCCUACUCAGUCCCAUCGCUGAAAAGAGUUUGUAUAUAUGUUCUGGAGCAGGGCUGGCUGACCAAAGAAAACGUGAUAGAUGUACUUCAAUUGGCAAGGAAUUGUGAUGCACCACGGCUCUCUUUCAUUUGUGUUCAUAUGAUUAUCAGAGACUUCAAAACUAUAUCUUCAACUGAAGGUUGGAAAGUAAUGAAGCGGGCUAAUCCUGCACUUGAACAAGAACUUCUAGAGUGCCUUGUUGAGGCAGAUUCAGUAAGCAACAAGGAAGGUUUUUGCACUGGGUAUGUGGUAGAUCCCUGGCUCAACAACCUCCUAAUGGAUCCACAAUAUACUAACUUCCUGAGAAAAGAAGACCGAUUGAAGAGAAUGGAAGAGAAAAAGGUGUACUUGCAACUGCAUGAGGCAAUGGAAGCCCUCCUUCACAUAUGCAGGGAUGGGUGUAGAACAAUAGGGCCUCGUGACAAGGUUCUGAAAGGAAGCCAGGUUGCUUGUGGUUUCCCAGCUUGCAAAGGGCUUGAGACUUUAGUCCGUCACUUCUCCAGUUGUAAGACCCGAGUUCCUGGUGGAUGUGUUCACUGCAAGCGCAUGUGGCAGCUGCUUGAAUUGCAUUCUCGCUUGUGCAAUGACCAUGAUUCUUGCAAGGUCCCUCUUUGCAGGCAUUUCAAGGAAAAAAUGCAGCAGCAGGCGAAGAAAGAUGAGGCUAGGUGGAGACUGUUGGUCAGCAAAGUGAUAUCUGCAAAGAAUUCACUGGGGCCAUUCUCAGGUCGGCGCUCUGCUUUUUUAUGACCUUUUAUAUGAAAUGCACCUUGUAUAUUCUAAAGAAUGUGAGGCGAUUAAUAAAGCAUCUUGGAUUUGUUGGGGGAAAAUGAAUUAACGGGAGGUGCAUAAUCCCAGUCCUUGUAAGAAAUAAUGAAAAUUGUGGAAAAAAUUAAUUAGAUUAUGUGUCCUUGUGGACAAUGAGAGUUUGUUUGCAUGCAAGUCUUUCAGGACUAAAGUUAUAAACCAAAAAGGUUACCAAAUUAAAUUCAGUUCAGGCUGUGAACCAUUGACAAACAAACUUAUAAAAUGCUUGUAAUGGCAGCACAAGUGUCUGAUUUUGUUACUGCAUGAAUGAUGGUGU